AUGACUGAAUCUGCCUCUAGCACAAGUGGUCAAGAGUUUGACGUAUUUAGUGUAAUGGACUGGAAAGAUGGUGUAGGUACAUUACCAGGAAGUGACUUAAAGUUUCGGGUAAAUGAGUUUGGAGCUCUGGAAGUUAUUACAGAUGAGAGUGAGAUGGAAAAUGUUAAAAAAGCAACUGCUACCACCACUUGGAUGGUGCCAACUGCUCAAGAAGCCCCGACCUCUCCCCCGAGCUCCAGGCCCGUAUUUCCACCUGCCUACUGGACAUCUCCACCCGGAUGUCCCACAGUCUUUUCAGAGAAGUCUGGGAUGCCUUUCAGGUUGAAGGAUCCAGUGCAAGUAGAAGGGCUUCAAUUCUGUGAGAACUGUUGUCAGUAUGGCAACGUAGAUGAGUGUCUUUCUGGAGGAAACUAUUGCAGCCAGAAUUGUGCUCGGCAUACCAAAGACAAAGAUCAAAAGGAAGAAAGGGACAUAGGAGAAGACAACGAGGAGGAAGAUCCUAAGUGUAGUCGGAAGAAAAAACCAAAAUUAUCUCUGAAAGCUGACCCCAAGGAGGAUGGAGAAGAGAGAGAUGAUGAAAUGGAGAACAAACAAGAUGGAAGAAUCCUGAGGGGUUCACAGAGGACCCGAAGGAAAAGACGAGGGGACUCAGCUGUACUUAAGCAGGGCUUGCCCCCUAAAGGAAAGAAAGCUUGGUGCUGGGCAUCCUAUCUGGAGGAGGAGAAAGCUGUGGCAGUGCCCGCAAAGCUGUUCAAGGAGUAUCAGUCCUUUCCAUAUAACAAAAAUGGAUUCAAAGUUGGAAUGAAAUUAGAAGGUGUGGACCCAGAACAUCAGUCUGUGUACUGUGUCCUCACUGUGGCUGAGGUUUGUGGAUACCGGAUAAAACUUCACUUUGAUGGAUAUUCUGAUUGUUAUGACUUCUGGGUAAAUGCAGAUGCUCUGGAUAUUCACCCAGUUGGCUGGUGUGAGAAAACCGGUCAUAAACUCCAUCCUCCAAAAGGAUAUAAAGAAGAAGAAUUUAAUUGGCAGAACUAUCUUAAGACAUGCAAAGCCCAAGCUGCUCCUAAGUCAUUAUUUGAAAAUCAGAAUAUAACAGUGAUCCCAUCAGGCUUUCGAGUUGGUAUGAAGCUUGAGGCUGUAGACAAAAAGAAUCCUGCAUUCAUCUGUGUUGCUACGGUAACAGAUAUGGUGGACAAUCGUUUCCUGGUACAUUUUGACAACUGGGAUGAGAGCUAUGACUAUUGGUGUGAAGCAUCUAGUCCACACAUUCAUCCGGUUGGUUGGUGUAAAGAACAUAGAAGAACUCUUAUUACUCCACCAGGUUAUCCAAAUGUGAAACAUUUUUCUUGGGAUAAAUACUUAGAAGAAACCAAUUCUUUGCCUGCUCCUGCAAGAGCUUUCAAAGUGAAACCUCCACAUGGAUUCCAGAAAAAAAUGAAGCUCGAAGUCGUAGACAAAAGAAGCCCCAUGUUUAUCAGAGUAGCAACUGUUGCAGACACAGAUGAUCACCGAAUAAAAGUUCACUUUGAUGGCUGGAAUAGUUGCUAUGAUUACUGGGUAGAUGCAGAUUCUCCUGAUAUUCACCCCAUGGGCUGGUGUUCCAAAACCGGACAUCCUCUUCAGCCUCCUUUGAGCCCCUUAGAAUUAAUGGAAGUUUCAGAACACAGUGGAUGCUCAACCCCAGGCUGUAAAGGGAUUGGCCAUUUUAAGAGAGCGAGGCACUUGGGCCCUCACAGUGCUGCCAACUGUCCCUAUGCAGAAAUCAAUUUAAAUAAAGACCGCAUUUUCCCAGAUCGCUUAAGUGGUGAGAUGCCUCCAGCCAGUCCAUCAUUUCCAAGAAAUAAAAGGACAGACACAAAUGAAAGCUCUUCAUCUCCUGAAAUCAGAGACCAGCAUGCCGAUGAUGUCAAAGAAGACUUCGAAGAGAGAACAGAAAGUGAAAUGAGGACAUCACAUGAAGCCAGAGGUGCCCGGGAAGAACCAGCUGUACAGCAGGCACAACGUCGGUCGGCUGUUUUUCUGUCCUUUAAGUCCCCAAUUCCAUGUCUGCCCUUGCGCUGGGAGCAGCAAAGCAAACUUCUUCCAACUGUUGCUGGAAUCCCUGCCAGUAAAGUUUCCAAAUGGAGCACAGAUGAGGUAUCAGAAUUCAUACAGAGCUUACCUGGGUGUGAAGAACAUGGAAAAGUAUUUAAAGAUGAACAAAUUGAUGGAGAAGCUUUUCUACUUAUGACCCAAACGGACAUUGUUAAAAUUAUGAGCAUUAAGCUGGGCCCUGCUCUCAAAAUUUUCAAUUCUAUUCUGAUGUUCAAAGCUGCAGAGAAGAAUUCUCACAAUGAACUUUGAAUGUGAUGAAUUCUGAAUACCAUCAGCUUUCUGUUUUAAAGCUCAUGUUUUACUCAAAGCACAAGGACGGGUAUAACUCCUAUGCCAGAAGUCUCCAAAACUCAAAAGAGCAACACUAUCGGAUUAUUUAUAUUCGUCAAGAGACAAUAUAUAUGAAUUCUUAUGAAAGUGCUUGAGCUUUUAACCAGGUACUGUCUAACAAC